CAGCCGGAGCAUCACUUCCUGCGAAUCUCAGCGUCACUUCCUGUGAAUCUCUCAUAAAGACGGGCUUGGCGGAAUCUCCGCAGGUCGAAUUUUUCUGGUUUGUUUGGUGAAUCCGUCUGCAUCGGAGCCAUCAGAACCGCAAACAUGACGGUGGGGAAGAGCAGCAAGAUGCUGCAGCACAUCGACUUCAGGAUGAGGUGCAUCCUGCAGGACGGCCGCAUCUUCAUCGGCACAUUCAAGGCCUUCGACAAACACAUGAACCUGAUCCUGUGCGACUGCGACGAGUUCAGGAAGAUCAAGCCUAAGAACUCCAAGCAGCCGGAGCGUGAGGAGAAGAGGGUUCUGGGUCUGGUUCUGCUGCGCGGGGAGAACCUGGUGUCCAUGACGGUGGAGGGCCCACCCCCUAAAGAUACGGGCAUUGCUCGCGUCCCAUUGGCCGGCGUGGCAGGAGGCCCAGGUGUGGGUCGUGCAGCGGGACGAGGUGUUCCUGCUGGAGCUCCGAUGCCUCAGGCUCCAGCUGGGCUCGCUGGACCCGUCAGAGGAGUGGGCGGGCCUUCACAACAGGUUAUGACACCCCAAGGCAGAGGGACGGUUGCCGCGGCAGCAGCAGGAGCCAGUAUCGCCGGGGCCCCGACUCAGUAUCCACCUGGACGAGGAGCCCCGCCCCCGAUGGGCCGAGGAGCCCCGCCCCCAGGUAUGAUGGGCCCGCCCCCCGGCAUGAGGCUUCCGAUGGGCCCUCCAAUGGGGAUGCCCCCUGGUCGAGGAGCUCCAAUGGGAAUGCCCCCUCCUGGCAUGAGGCCGCCUCCCCCCGGCAUGAGAGGACCUCCCCCACCUGGGAUGAGACCGCCUCCCAGACCCUGAAGCCCCGCCCCCUCAGACUUACCUGUUGUAUAGGUUUUUCUUUUUUUAAUGUUUUGUGUUUUUUAAAUAAAGUUUCUUCAGGAUGGUUUGAAUUUC